AUGCCCCGGGCAUCACCGCUGCCACGGCUGCCAUGGGGUUGGCCCGGCAUGAAGGCGGUGGUCACCACUGGGAUGUUUGUAACCACCCUCUGGAACCUGAGGUGCUUCCUCAACCCUUCCGAGGUCUCUGGAGAAGCCCCCAAGCACACUGAGCCGCUGGUGGUCCUGGUGUGGGAAUGGCCUUCGAAGCAGGUCCCCAACAUCAGUGGGAACGCUUGCCAUGAGCUGUAUGGCAUCGCAGGCUGCUGGCUCACCACAGAGAGGCAGCUCCUGGCCCGGGCAGAUGUCGUGGUGUUCCCCCACGCCAGGCUCCAGCCAGGCAGGGACAGGCUGCCCAAGAAGAGGCCGCCAGGGCAGAACUGGGUGUGGGUCUCCCUGGAGUCCCCCUCCAACACUAAAGCUCUAGCGGGAUGGAACCAGACCUUCAACUGGGUGAUGACCUACAGACGGGACUCAGACAUCUUCAUCCCCUAUGGCAAGCUUGUACCCAACCGGUCGGCCACCAUGAACAUCCCUGCGAAGACCAACUUGGUGUCCUGGGUUAUCAGCAACUACCACAGGACUCAGAAAAGAGCUGAAGUCUACAAAAACCUCUCCAGGUACCUCCACGUGAACAUAUAUGGGAAAGCAAACAAAAAGCCACUUUGCAAGAACUGCCUCUUGCCAACAACAUCCAAGUCCAAGUUCUACCUGGCCUUCGAGAACUCCAUCCACCAGGACUACAUCACUGAGAAGCUCUGGAGGAACUCACUGAUGGCCGGCACUGUGCCAGUGGUGCUGGGGCCUCCCCGGGCCAACUAUGAGCAGUUCAUUCCUGCAGACUCCUUCAUUCACGUCGAUGACUUUGGUUCCCUGGCGGAGCUGGCCACCUUCCUGAAGACCAUGAACUCCAGCC